CUGACCAAACAAUGCAAACAAUGUCCCACCGGUCGCCUUACAUACAACAGUGCCUUGUGCGUUACCCCACACAACCACACGGUACCGCUGUCACCCCCCAAAUCCCCGCGUCUCGCCGUGAAUACGAAAAUUCCCAGCAGCAAACACUUUCUGACAGUCGACAACUACACACGUUACCGUACAACGUCAGAGGGAGUAUGAAUCGGCCGGAGUUGAAUCCCGCGCUACGUUUCUCCCUGAGCGACAUACGGACGGACCUGAAAAUGGACAGACUCGUGAAGUUUCUAACCGUUUGGUUGGUUUUUGGCGUAACUGCUGUUACCCUACUUCUUCAAGUCACAGGACCACCUGGUGUAAAGUGUUACGCCACCUACUGUCGUCCACAGAACUGCAGCCUCUACGCCCUUCACGCGGCCCAGUUCGCCGAAGCGUCCUGUCUUUCGAGCUCGGUUCAACCGCCGGUUUCCCGCCCGAACGGGCCGCUAAACCAGUAUCUCAUCCCGCUAGCGUUCUUCAUUCAAGCCGUUCUCUGCUACAUGCCGCAUCUUAUAUGGGAAAUAUUCGCCGCGGAAAAGUUAAAGGCAGCCCUGCUUGGGAAGAGACGAAGCCGUCAUUCGUCCAAAAAGGUGUACCUGAAGAAAGUUGAACCACGCCACCUAACGGAUCUGAAACAAACUGCACACGGCAAGCGUCCGCCUACUCCCGAGCUGAAGUUCAAAGUCAAGGAGAGGAGCACCAUCACGAGAUACUACCGCCUCAGAGAAGUUGUCACGAUGUUGUUGCUCAUUUUCUUUCUGUUGUAUUAUUGCCUGUGUCCUGUACAUCGUUUGGAAAACAUCUAUGAUUCUUUCGUAUGCAUGGUGAACGAUGUAGCUGUUACGUGUUCGCUUGGAUCCGGUCAGACCCUUCGGAUGGCUUGGAUCACGAACAUCACGAUCCUGAUCACGGGAACUCUCGUGCUUCUGUACCACGUGAUCACCACGUUCCUGUGGCAUGACGGGAAGGUUGGGUUAGAAAAUGGCGGCGGCAGAAGUUCUAAACACCGCAGAGAAACGCUAUACGCAGAGGAGCAGAUAAAUCAAGCAUGGGACUCAUGUGGCACGGAGUUGAACGGUUCUGCGAAUGAUACAAAACUGUUGGCCAUGUUUUCUGAGUCCAAUCCUGGUCUUUUCAUGGGCUACGGGAGCGUCAAACUUGCAAAAUCAACAGUCUGAAACUUUUGUGUCAAGGUUUUUUUAUCUAGAAUUUUGUAACGUUACACUUGACUUUAUUCCUUCCAUGACGGAUACCAAUGCUAACGUUCACUUCAUUUGUAUCUAGGUACUUAACUCGUGGUCACUAUGAACCAUCGAUUUUAAAGAACUUCUGCAUCAGAAAGUAAAUGUGUAACGUUACAUUGCGUGCCUGUGUGUCAUUAACGCUGAUAAGGGAAACUUCAUUUGUAAUCGAACUGGUAUUGUGGAAUCUAUAUAGUAGAGUGGACCAAUUCCUCAGCUAACCGACAUCUAUCGCACCGCAGUCAUCCCCCAGUAAGACAUAUGGAGCCUGCCAAAAUAUUAUUUUAUGGUAUUGUGGAAUAUUUUCUCGUGCAUUGUGAAUAUUACUUGAAUUUCUUACUAUUUGGAUGAAAUUGGUGUAACAUACUUUAUAAUUUUGAUAAAAUGGACCAACUAUGGU